CAAAUGCUCAUGACGUCAGCCCUGGCAAGUUGAGCGAGGAGAGGAAACGGAGGAGGAGGAAGAGGAAGAAAGAGAAGGAGAGAGCAAGAGGAAGACAAGGAAGAGGGAGACGGAACUGAACUGUUGAAGACAAGUAAGGGAGGGCCAUCGCUGACUUUCCUCCGAGCAAGCAUGUCUAGAACAAUAUCCGCCGCCUCCUCCUUGCAGCUUGUCUUGUUCGCUUUCGCCAGCAUCCUGCCCAUGACAGCGUCCCAGACGCGUCAGACUGACGUUGAGUGGACGGGUCAGAUCUUGAGCUACGAGGCCUUCAACGUGCAUACCUUUGAAGUCUUUGCUGGUGCGAACGAGCUUGAGAUCAAGGUCAGGGCAAGGAAGCUCGCAGGCUUCCCCAGGCUGGGCCUGUGGCUGAGACAAGGCUCCGUCCCUACGUCCAACCAGCAUCAGCUGCAUGCUACCAUCAAGCGAUUCGACCGGACGGGGAAGCACCAAGCGUUGCUCCGAGUUCAGAACCCAGUGGAAGGCCUGUGGUACCUCGCCGUCUCCUUCUUGUCUGGUCCGGGAGACUUUCGGAUAGAGCGGAACGAGCAUCGCUUCGUUAGCAACCAGGCCGAUGCCGAGUACACGGUCAACGUUCACACUGAGGGCUGUGAGCGCGGGAGGUUUGGUUGGCCCAAAUGCGAUCAGAACUGGAUGAGGCUGAGCUGGGGAGCAGAGGCCCUGUUCCAUGGCGAGCUUGUCCCUGGGGGCGGCCGAUGGGCCUGUAGCAUGUACGAAGUCGCUCCUUACACGUCAAGAGUAGGCUUCUCC